AGAGAGAAGAGGUGAGAGACAAAGAGUUGGCAAUAAAAAGCAUUAGCGUAUCAAGAAAACUGAAACAUGUCAAGGUUUAGUAACACUGUAAUAGGUCUGUUGAACCUAUUCACACUCUUAGCUUCAAUACCGAUAAUAGGUGGCGCCUUAUGGCUAGCAAGAAGCAGCGCCACCUGCGAAAGCUUCCUCCAAACACCACUUCUGGUCAUCGGAUUUGUAGUCUUGAUUGUAUCUUUGACCGGUUUCAUAGGUGCAUGCUUUCACCUGGCCUGGGCACUUUGGGUCUACCUGGUGGUGAUGCUGCUCCUGAUCGCAGCGUUGCUGGCCUUCACCAUCUUUGGGUUCAUCGUGACAGGAGCAGGCGGUGGAAUGAAUGUUUCCGGCAGGGCAUACAACGAGUAUCACUUGGAGGAUUAUUCGCCAUGGCUUCGGAAAAGAGUUGAGGAUCCAAAGUAUUGGAUGACAAUCAGAAGUUGUAUUUUGGGGUCAAAGACUUGUAGGGAUAUUGUCAUGUGGUCUCCUGUUGAUUAUUUGACUAAGGAUAUGUCUCCUAUUCAGUCGGGUUGUUGCAAGCCACCAAGUGAAUGCAACUAUGGGAUGACGAUGAUGACACAGGACUUAGAUUGCUACAAAUGGAGCAAUGAUCCGAGCACAUUAUGCUACGAGUGUGAUUCAUGCAAAGCUGGGGUUUUAGAGAAUGUGAGGAGAGAUUGGCGCAAGCUCUCAGUUCUCAAUGUCAUCAUGACAUUACUUUUGAUCGGUAUAUAUUGCAUCGGUUGUUGUGCAUUUAGGAAUACAAGGAGGUCGGAGACAGAUUACCCAUAUGGUGAAAACCAAAUGUCCAAGAUCCGACCCAGAUGGGAUUUCUUUUGGUGGAGAUGGUGGCAUGACAGAAGACACCAGCUUUAUUGAAAAGUAAAUUUCAACAAUCUUUUGUAUUUUCGUGAUUAAGCUCGACAGUUAAUCUUGUUAUAGAAGGUGAAGUACGAAGAUGAGUAAGAAUAUAGUUUAACAUUAUUAUUAUUAUGUUUCUACUCUGUUUUAGGGUUGAAUGUAAUUUUGCAUUUUGUGACAUGUGUAAUUAUAGAUUAAAUAUUUACCCUUUAUGAAAAACUUUAACUUUUUUCUUCUAGCAAAGUUCAAUGUUUAGUUAAUUGCA